AUGCCCGCCCCACCCAACCGAGCCGUCCUCCUCCUCCUCCUCCUCUUAUUCAGCGCCCUCGCCCUCCCACCCCCGACCGCAACAACCGCCCCCGCCCCCGCCAUCGUCAUCGGCGGAGACGGGACCAUCCGCCCGUCGGGGACGCUGACGAUCACGCACGCCCCCGCCGCCACCGGCCAGAUUGUCGCGGCCACGCCCGGGAGCACACUUGGCGGCGGCGCGGGACACCCUCCGAGUGAGGCUGCUGGUGUUGUCGGCACCGGGUUGACGGUCGGGUUCGCGGCCCUGGCUGCGGUUGUGGGGGUUGCUGUUAUGGUGCGGGUGUGGUGGGUGAGGAGAUUGGGAGAGGGAGGCGGCGAGGGGAGGGGAGGGGAGGGGUUGAGAUGA